GUUAAAGUUUAUCUACCUUCUAAUUUUAAGAACUUUAAAAUUAUUUCAAAUUGUAUGACGUAUGACUCAAAACCGACAAAUAACCAGGAAAUUCCCCAAAACAGGUCAGAAUAGACGACGAAAGAUGGAGACCUCGGAACCUGGGAGUAAAAACAAUGAAUCAACACCUGAUAGCGCGAAGAAAAAGAUAAUGCAACUGAUAGAUAGGUUUAAGAAGACUACUCGACUAUCACAAUCUCAAACAGACCAAGCAAAGAAGCAACAAGUGCCAAGUGUAAACAAUGAUUUGUUCAAUGAUAUCUAUGACUUUAAUCAUCCAAAAAGAGGUGUUGCCAUUUUCAUCAUCAAUUCUUCGUUUCAUAAUCAACCAAAGCGUCCAUUUGCUGGUGAAGAUAGUAAAAAGAUGAGAGAAUUAUUUGAAUUGCUGGACUUUGAUGUAGUAUUGUUAGAAAAUAGAACAAGCGUUGAUCUCUGGAAAAGUUUACAAGACAUCAAUAGUAAGAUAGAAAAGAAUUGUGACUGUUUGGCAUGUGUGAUCAGUUCUCAUGGAACAGAAAUACCCAUUACCUCAAGCAGCAAUACCUCAACACAACCAAGACAUCAUGUACUCUUUACAGCAGACGGAAUUAUUCCUACUGAUAAAAUUCUUCAGAUGUUUGAUGACGAUCAUUGUCCAAAUCUACAAGGAAAACCAAAAAUGUUUUUCAUUCAGGCUUGUAGAAGUAUUAUGAAUACAGAAAAUGAUACUGAAAGCGAAAUUGAUGAAGGGUUUACCUUUGACUUGGUACAAGAACAGGUUGGUGAUGAUAUGAUUCCUGUGAAAGUGGUGAAAAAGAAAAGAUCCUUCCUUAGAAGACGACAAGAAGAAACAUUGGCUGAUACAAAAGGCCGACCAGAAGAGGAAGAAAUCAAUCUGACUAAUUGCAAAUCAAUUGAACCUGUAGAUUUCUGUCUUAUACCAUGCUACGAGGAUUAUCUAGUUAUGUUUUCAAGUUCAUCAGAGAAGAUUGCAUGGUCUGAUUCCGGAAAAGGAGGAUGGCUUACCUUCUGUUUAUAUGAAGUGUUUAAACAUUUAUUGGAUACUGAGUAUUCAGUUAGCUUACUUCAUAUUCUAACUGAUGUUUGUGGCAAAAUGGCCAAAGAAAUGGAGACUCGGACACCAUCGAUACCUUCGUAUGACAAAUCUAAAUCUGCAGCAACUAUAUAUCACAUGUUGACAAAAGAUAUUUUCUUAAAACCAAUGGUUCACCAACUCGUUCCAUUACCCGGACCUGUCUUAGAAUCAUCGGUUUGAUCUCUUAUCUCAUUGUUUCGGUUAUACUAUGCAAUAUUACUUUUAUUCAACAUAUGAGUAAUUAUAGGGGGAUAUAAUAAUCUUUAUUAUAUUAUUUGAAUCACACAUUGUAUCUCCCUCAUGCAAAGCUUUGAUUCCUUUCACGGAUUUGGCUGUACUUUUUGGACCUUUUGGAUUAUAGCUCUUCAUCUUUUAUAUAAGCUUUGGAUUUCAAAUAUUUUGGCCACGAGCAUCACUGAAGAGACAUGAAUUGUCGAAAUGCGCAUCUGGUGCAAGAAAAUUGGUACCGUUAAUUUUAUUGUACAUCUUUAUAUUAUUUGCAUGAGAGCGGAUUUUUAUCCCAUCCUAAUAAGGACAGUUAUACUGAAAAAGUAUAUUAAGAUAGUGGAAAACCAAAAGUAAAAGAUAUCAAUUUAUUUUUACUUAUAUAAAAGCAACCAAAAGUCACUUUGUAUUUCGAUUGUGUAUGAAUAAUUUAGUAAAAAUCAACAAAAAUGGAAUCGAAAUCAUAUAAAUACUUAAUAUUGGUGAUAGUUAGUAGAAAAUAUUUGUAUUUUUGAUGUUCAUUCUCAACGUUUGUACCACACAGGGUUAUAUGUAUUUUAUUGAUAUGAUUACUAUGUAUAGUUUUACAUGUAACUGUGUAUAUGUUGUCUCGAUUAUACAGCAUUAUUUACUUGUUUAUUUUACGGUUAUUAUGUUUCAGUUUUGUUUUAUAAGUAUUAUGAAACGUUUUUUUGUUAUUUCCAUUGAUGUUGACGGCAGCACUUUUCAGUUUAAUUUACAUAUCUUGUUUUAAUCGGGAGUAUUGUAUUACAGCUGGACAUUGUAUAGACUCGUGUCUAUUGUCAUGGCCUUAUGUUGCUGUUGUCUAUAAUUGUUAUAUGUACUCUCUCUCUGUUUAUUUAACUUUCUAUUGUGAUUUUUUUACUGAUGCAUGGUGUUCAAUUGUAUUAUCAUAUAUAUAUAUUAUUACAGUACAAACAAUUUACAUGAUUGUUGUUUGAAUUGCAAGUUUCGCGAGGUAAGACGAGAAUAGUAUUUAUCUUCAGUACCAUACAGGGUUAUAUUCAUGUUAUUGAUAUUAGUAUUUCGUCUUUAUAGUUCUUGUGUUAACCAAGGUAUGCAGCAUUUCAUUGUAUAGGAGAAAAUGUCUCAUUUUUUGUUUAUAUAAUAUGAGGUGGUUUUUGUUUUUGCUUUAUUUUGUUUUUGUGUAGGGUAAAUAUUAAUAAUUGUUAACCACUAUGA